AAAAAUGGCACUAUUCAUAGGCCGACCUCACCCAGGUAUGCAACUAUAAAUACAUCCCAAUAUAGUGCAGCAUUGACAACAACAAAAUCAAAGCAUUUGAAACACAAAACUUGCUACUUUUGAGAUCUCUAAGGCAUAAUUAAGUAUGGCUAAGUUGAAGUCAUACAUUUAUGCAUCGAUGCUAAUCUUAGCCACCCUAGCAAGUGUUUCCGAGAGCCGGGUGGCAAGGAAAGACCUAGGCCUCGACUUGGGCGGUUUGGGCAUCGGCAUUGGUACUGGAAUAGGCAUCGGCAUAGGAGGCGGUGGCAGCGGCUCCGGAGCCGGUGCAGGGUCCGGCUCAGCUGGAGGAUCUAGCUCUAGUUCUAGUUCCAGUUCAAGUUCAAGUUCACGUGGUGGUGGUGGUGGUGGUGCGGGCUCAGAAGCAGGCUCGUCAGCGGGCUCUUCCGCUGGAUCAAGAGCAGGUGGUGGCGGCGGUGGUGGUGGAGGAGGGUCCGGUGGUGGAGGAGGAUCAGGCCACGGUGGAGGGGCCGGUGAGGGAAGCGGUCAUGGCGAAGGAGGGGGGCAUGGAUCAGGUUAUGGCGGAGGUGGUGGAAAUUGAAUCCAUGAUAUUAUGUAAGGUCGAGUUUGAUGAUCCAAUCCCAUAUAAAAACUUAAUGUAAUGUGCAAUAUAUAAUUAUCACUAUAAAUUAAUAAAUGGGGUGCAAAAAAUCCAAAUUAUCAAAUGGAGUAUGAUAUAUGGAUCAUAUCAUUCCAGUCAAGAUUCAGAAACAAAUUAAUAUAUAUAUGUGUUGCAGCUUAAUUUUCAA